AUGGUGGUCAUCAAUAAGCAAUUAAUGGUGAGUGGGAUAUUGCCGGCGUGGCUAAAAAAUGAGUAUGAUCUGGAAGACAAAAUAAUUUCAACGGUAGGUGCCGGUAGAAUUGGAUAUAGGGUUCUGGAAAGAUUGGUCGCAUUUAAUCCGAAGAAGUUACUGUACUACGACUACCAGGAACUACCUGCGGAAGCAAUCAAUAGAUUGAACGAGGCCAGCAAGCUUUUCAAUGGCAGAGGUGAUAUUGUUCAGAGAGUAGAGAAAUUGGAGGAUAUGGUUGCUCAGUCAGAUGUUGUUACCAUCAACUGUCCAUUGCACAAGGACUCAAGGGGUUUAUUCAAUAAAAAGCUUAUUUCCCACAUGAAAGAUGGUGCAUACUUGGUGAAUACCGCUAGAGGUGCUAUUUGUGUCGCAGAAGAUGUUGCCGAGGCAGUCAAGUCUGGUAAAUUGGCUGGCUAUGGUGGUGAUGUCUGGGAUAAGCAACCAGCACCAAAAGACCAUCCCUGGAGGACUAUGGACAAUAAGGACCACGUGGGAAACGCAAUGACUGUUCAUAUCAGUGGCACAUCUCUGCAUGCUCAAAAGAGGUACGCUCAGGGAGUAAAGAACAUCCUAAAUAGUUACUUUUCCAAAAAGUUUGAUUACCGUCCACAGGAUAUUAUUGUGCAGAAUGGUUCUUAUGCCACCAGAGCUUAUGGACAGAAGAAAUAA